ACAACAAGCAGACUACCAUCUCACAGCAUCAUUGAAUUAUAGGGCAAAUGGAGCUGUCGCUACAUCUUGUCUUAAUCAAUAUACAGAGUUAAUAUCACAGCACUAUACUAAUUUAAAUACUGUGCUUUCGGAAAGAUGUUCAGCAGUUAAUGUAAAAAUGAAUGUAUCUUUUAUAAAAGCCAAUCCAUCACUGAUUGAAGAAAAUGUCGUCAAGGUAGAUUAUAUUUUAGAUAUAGUACCAAUAGUGCGCCAACCUCAGCUAUAUGACUUGUGUGGUAGUACUUUAAGUUUAAUGUUUGAUUUGUCAGUUCCUUACGCAAGUGCGGUUAUUGAACCACUUUUAAAUGUGUCUUCUAUUGGAAAUCAAUGUCCGCCAUUAAGAGCCUUAAAAUCUGUAAAUAAUAGAGGAUUUACUUGUAAUGUUGGAGAAGUUUUAAAUAUGGAUACUAAUGAUGUACCCAGAUGUUUACACUGUCCUGCUGGCACAUUUACUGGUAAAAAUAAAAAAGAAUGUUCUUACUGCCCAAGAGGAUUUUACCAAAAUCAUGAGCGUCAAGGGUCAUGUAAUAAAUGUCCUCAAGGAACAUAUACUCGAGAAGAAGGUUCUAAAAGUAUACAUGAUUGUGUACCUGUAUGUGGUUAUGGAACAUAUUCUCCAACUGGUUUAGUACCGUGCCUAGAAUGUCCAAAAAAUAGUUAUACUGAUGAACCUCCCACAAGUGGUUUCAAAGAUUGUCAGGCUUGUCCAGCUAAUACUUUCACUUAUCAACCAUCAGCAGCAAAUAAAGAUAAAUGCAAAUCAAAAUGUAAUCCUGGAUAUUAUUCACCAACUGGUUUGUACCCUUGUUCUCUGUGUCCCAAAGACUUUUAUCAAUCAUUAUCAGGACAAACUAUAUGUAAUGAAUGUCCUGGAAACAUGAUAACAGAAGGACCAGGUGCAACUGGUCGCGAUGAAUGCCAUCCUGUUCAAUGUAAAGAUAAUGCUUGUCAACAUGGGGGUCUGUGUGUACCAAUGGGUCAUGGAAUUCAUUGCUUUUGCCCUGCUGGAUUUUCCGGUCGAAGAUGUGAAAUUGAUAUUGAUGAGUGUUCAUCACAACCAUGUUAUAAUGGUGGAACUUGUGUAGAUUUACCUCAGGGUUACAAAUGUCAUUGUGCACCUGGUUAUUCUGGAAUUAACUGCCAAGAUGAACAGUCGGAUUGUGGAAAUGAUACCUGUCCGACACGUGCUAUGUGUAAAGAUGAACCUGGAUAUAAAAAUUAUACUUGUCUUUGUCGAUCAGGAUACACAGGUGUUGACUGCGAUGUUACUACAAAUUCCGAUAGUGAUACGGCUUUUUACGAUGCUAUGGAGGAAUGGGCGAGUGUUUAUCCCCAACCCGAUAAAAAACUCGAUGUUAAAAUGUUCGUGUACAUCAUUAAACAAAAAGACACUUUGAUUGAUGAAUUACGUGACAAAAUUAAAACGCUACGCGAUCAUAUUGUUUUGAUGGAAAAAGUAGCAGAAGGACAAAAAAACGUAGUGUCUCCAAUACAAAACCAAACAGCAAACAAAACUAUAAAGGUCAAUGUUGAUAAAAAGCCGCAAAAACUAAAUAAAUCGAAAGUCAGUGUUUCGAAUACAAACAAUGAGGUAAAAAAGCAUAUCACCCACAAAAAUGUAUCAGCUGAACUAUUGAAGAUACAGAGUGAUAUUAAAUUCAACGAAAUAAUUAAUUUGGAAAAUCCUAUUCCGAUGAAAAGCUUACAAGCAUCUUCUAAGGCUCAACCGACAGAUAAGGAAAACACGCAAUGGGCAGAAGUCACCUAUAAACGGAAACCAUUUAAAUCAAGAAAAAUGGUGGUGGGUAACAACAAGCAAACUAACAUAAAGGGAGUGAGAAAACAUGUGCAACUACAUGUGUGCAGAAUUGCCCCAGAAACUUCUACAACGGACUUGGAAAAGCUACUAAGGGACUCAUUUCCUGAAGCAAAGUAUGAGACUAUAACACCAAAGCAACCAAGCAUUUACGCAUCUUUCAAGGUGACAGUUUAUGAAGACAACUUCAAGAAGGCCAUGGAUCCGCAGAUCUGGCCGGAAGGAGCUUAUAUAAGCCGAUUUUUUCGGAAACGGGAAAGGGAGGUACCUGCAGUAAAGUAA